GACAGUGCAACAUGGUCAGGAUGAGGAGGAAGAGGCUGUGGGCAUCUUGCAUCUGUUUUGCAGCUUUCUUUUUCCUUGUGGUGAUGCUCCAGGUAUAGGGGCAAGGGCAGGGGGGAGUAUAUAUGUGGGCAUAUUCAAAAUGUGACACAGUUCUGGAAGAUGCGAGGGAUCAUUAAAAGCAACAAAAGUGUUGUGAGAGAGGAAUGUUUGAAGACACUCUAUCAGCAGGAUUGACCUGGUGAUGCCAGCUGGCCCCAGAAUUGACAUUACGUAGGGAACUCUUUGGCUCUUGGAGCUCCUCAGAAGUGUUGUACCACGCAUCACCAUGGUGCAUUGCCUCUGUCCAGCACUGCCUUCUCAGUCUUCUCAAGCAGUGUGUUUAAUUGGUGAGACAGAGGGAUAUAGCUGGACCUAUCUCAGGCUGAUAUGGCAGGCUGACCAGGAUUUUGUGAGCUCUGUAACCAGUGAUCUGAGCAAUCAGUAAGCAGGCCAGCAGGCCUGACUUAGCACUGGCCAUUCUUAACACUGGGAAUUCAGUAGAUGGUCAAUAAAAAAAUGAAUGAGGAGGCAUAUUGCAAGGGCUGCUCUUGCAAAUGCCUCCUAUUUUAUGAUGUUGUCCCAUGAUGUCAGUGGCAGAUGUUGGUGGUACAGCAGCAGGGACUGAACGUUCCCACCAAUAUCCCAUUACAUUUUGCUGCCGUGCAACAGAUGGCAGCAGAGGGGCAUUCUGACACAAUGGCGUCUAACAAGGAAGUGCACAUGAAGCAGUGAUGUGUACGUACUUACAGGAUUAUUUGAGUUGUAUUACUGCACUUACAUCUUACCAAAUUCCUAGACAAAUAAGCCUUAUCCCCAGCCAGCAUCCUGUCUACUUGCCAAUGUGGGAGUGUUUUCUGUGUUCUCUGUGCAGCUGCACUGUGCACAGUUGACUGUGUGUGUUGUCUCAGCAUCCUGUGUUGCACAGAGUCUAUUUAGUCCAGUUACAAUCAGUGUAUUUUACUAGACAGUAAGAGUGAAUGACAACAAACAGUAAAAUGAAUGCAUGCAGUAACACUAUCGGGGAAGACAAAUGUUUUCAAACAACUUAAUAUAAACAAUACUCUCCUUCCUCCCAAUAUCCUCCUUCAGAGCCAUCCAAAAAGUGGAAGUGCUGUGAGCCAAAGCUGUCUGGUGGGUCUGAGUUCCAUCAUUCUUGCAGCUGUUCCUGGGGUGGCAUUAAGCACUGCCCGUGAAGAUGCACAUGCAAAAAGCCAUCCAUAUGGUAGCAGGAAGGUCACUGCCUUGCAGAGACUAACAGCAGCUUCUGUGUACCCUGUGGGAUCACCUCAGGACACUUGUUCCGUGGGUACUACCUGUAGAAAAGAGUGGUGUUUUCACAAAUACCAGAACUGCUGAAGCCUGAUACUUCUCUCCCAUGGCUGAUGGCAGACACUGUCGGAGGCUUCUCCUGUUAUCACUGAACUGGGCAAUUCAGAGAGUAAGGCAGCAGCAGUCUUACACAGUGGCCCCCUGAAGCCUGAUGAGAGACAUGCUUCCCAGCUUAAGAAGAAGGAACUUUACAGCAACUUCAGGAUGGAGCCUGAUACAGAUCACUACCCCAUCCUGCUCUGGUGGUCUCCUCUGACUGGAGAGACAGGGAGACUGGGGCAGUGUGGUGAGGAUGUUUGUUUCUUUACUGUUAACAAGACCUACCAGCACAGUCAGCUGACGAGAGCUUUUUUGUUCUAUGGCUCAUUCAUUUCCUUUAUUUCACAAGGUACUGAUUUCAGUAUAGACAGCCUACCCCUUCCUCGAAAAGGCCAUCAUGAUUGGGCCCUUUUCCACGAGGAGUCACCAAAAAACAACUACAAACUUUUCCAUGAACCAGCUAUCACCUUAUUUAACCACACUGCAACUUUCAGCCGUCAUUCUCACCUACCGCUGACCACUCAGUACCUUGAGAGCAUAGAGGUCCUCGCGUCCCUGAGACAUAUGAUCCCAGUGCAGAUGAAGAACAGCCUGAGGAAGCGGCUUGCACCACUUGUGUAUGUGCAGACUGACUGCAAUGCUCCUUCUGACCGGGACAGCUAUGUACGUGAGUUGAUGUGCCACAUUGAAGUAGACUCUUAUGGAGAAUGUCUGCAUAACAGAGACCUCCCUCAGUAUCUCAGAAAUCCGUCUGCCAUGGAUGAUGGGAACUUCUAUAAAAUACUGGCUCAGUACAAGUUCAUUCUUGCUUUUGAAAAUGCUAUCUGUGAAGAUUAUAUCACUGAAAAACUCUGGCGGCCUCUGAUGCUGGGAGUGGUACCUGUGUACUUUGGUUCUCCCAGCAUUAAAGACUGGCUUCCCAGCAACAAGAGUGCAAUAUUGGUAUCUAGUUUUUCACACCCUCGAGAGCUGGCCCACUAUAUCAAAACACUGGAUCAAAAUGACCAGGAGUAUGAGGCCUACCUGGAAUGGAAACUGAAAGGAGAAAUUUCCAAUCCAAGGCUGCUUACAGCAAUGAAGGAACGCAAAUGGGGAGUGCAAGAUAUCACUCAGGACAAUUACAUUGACACAUUUGAGUGCAUGGUGUGUAACAGAGUGUGGGAAAACAUCAGAAGAGAAGAAAAGGGAUGGCUGCCCCAGAGGUGGAGUGCUCAGGUUAAACAUCUGAACUGCCCCAAACCUGAGGCUUUCAGGUUCUCCUCUUCAAAUCCCAGCCAGACCUCCCUCCAAGAGAUGUGGAUAGCAAGUUUUGAGCAGUCCAAGAAGGAAGCCUGGGCGCUGAGGAAGCUGGUGGAAAGGAACAGGAAUUUUACAGCUAAAGAAUUUUGGAUGCUUGUAUUCAAAGAAUAAAUGCAACAACUGUGAAACAAAGUGAACUCCUCAGAGAAA